GGAUUGGCUUCCCCUUGACAUCAUUAUAUAAUAAGGCUUGCUAUCAAUCUGAGCAGUCAAGCUCAUUGCUCCUGAUCAGCUCAUAAGCUGAUAAACUGAUAUUCUUUGAUUUGGUUUCCUAGUCGUUUGCUGUUUUGGGGCAGUAAAAGCUUGGCUUCGCGAUGCAGAUCCUCCCAUUUCGAGGAGGCGCACUGGCGUGCUUCUUGGUGUCCUUGCUAUUUGUAGCGAGUUUUUGCAAUGCUGAUGGUAAAACAGUUGAGGUAGUCGGGGUUGGAGAAUGUGCAGAUUGUGCAGAGAAUAAGUUCGAGACUAGCCAUGCAUUUUCAGGGCUUCGGGUAACCAUAGACUGCAAGCCAGAAAAUGGGGAGUUCAAAACUCGAGGUUCUGGCGAGCUUGAUAAGCAAGGGAAUUUCAAGGUGUCUCUUCCUGAGGACUUGGUUAAAGAUGGCAAAUUGAAGGAAGAAUGCUAUGCGCAGCUUCACAGUGUAUCAGCUGCACCUUGCCCUGCCCAUGAUGGCCUGGAGUCCUCCAAGAUAGUCUUCAAGUCCACAAGUGAUGAGAAACACAACUUUGGGCCGAAAGGAAAGCUCAAAUUCUCACCAGUAACAUGUGCCUCAGCUUUCUUUUGGCCUCACUUUAAGCACCCUCCACUGCCUAAGCUUCCACCACUUCCCCCAUUGAAAAGCUUCCACCAUCAUUACCCACUACUCCCUCCAAUCUACAAGAAGCCUCUUCCGCCACCAAUCCCAAUAUACAAACCCCCACCAGUUCCAGUAUACAAAAAACCACUUCCUCCCCCGGUUCCAAUCUACAAACCUCCUCCAGUUCCAGUAUAUGAAAAGCCACUUCCACCUCCAGUUCCAAUCUACAAGCCUCCAGUAUACAAGAAACCACUUCCUCCUCCAGUUCCAAUCUACAAACCUCCUCCAGUUCCAGUAUAUGAAAAACCACUUCCUCCUCCAGUUCCAAUCUACAAGCCUCCUCCAGUUCCAGUAUAUGAAAAACCACUUCCUCCUCCAGUUCCAAUCUACAAACCCCCGGUAUAUAAGAAACCACUUCCUCCUCCGGUUCCUGUCUACAAGCCUCCGGUAUAUAAACCCCCUCCAUACGAGAAACCACUUCCUCCUCCGGUUCCUGUCUACAAGCCUCCGGUAUAUAAACCCCCUCCAUACGAGAAACCACUUCCUCCUCCAGUUCCAGUCUACAAGCCUCCGGUCUAUAAACCUCCUCCAGUUCCGGUAUACAAGAAACCACUUCCUCCCCCAGUUCCAAUAUACAAGCCUCCAGUCUAUAAGCCCCCUCCAGUUCCAGUGUACGAGAAACCACUUCCUCCCCCAGUUCCAGUUUACAAGCCUCCUCCAAUUCCAGUCUAUAAGAAGCCACUUCCACCUCUUCCAAAGAUUCCUCCAUUCCCUAAGAAGCCAUGCCCUCCCCUUCCUAAGCUCCCUCCUCUCCCCAAGAUUCCUCCAAAGUAUUUCCACCACCCCAAGUUCGGAAAAUGGCCUCCAUUGCCACCAUUUGCUCCACAUCAUCCUUAAACUCUUGUGGUGAUAGGUGCAAGUAGAGUGAACUGUUUGAUGCAAUUAAUGAAGGUUAGUGUGAAGAAGUUCGAUUCCCAGCAUGCAAUAAAAGUCUUUCAAGGAGUGACAAAUGAAGAAAGCAGAAUAAAAAAAAAAGUUUAAAUUAAGAGACGAAGGAAAGACUUAUGCUCAUUGUUAAUUUAUGCUUUAUAUCAGAUAAAUUAAGUUGGAAGCUCGGAGAUUGUUUUUGUUAUUUGGUUAUCAUA